AUGUAUGGAAUGUCAAACCAAUUCACAGCUACUCCGACAGUCAAUAAAUAUGCUCGCUCGGUUGAGUCCGCUACUGAUAUCCACAAUCUGCCUCCUCUGAGAGAUUGUGAUACAGCUCGUGAAGAGAAAACAACGGGAUCGUCCGGGAAACCCGAUAAUCAGACAAUAAAUAAGCGCCUGCUGACGACCGACUCAUUGUACGAUCUCCACGCAAUACCAUGUCCUUUCCGU